UUGAUUUUGGCGGUUGAAAAACUUAAAAAGCCAGCGUCGUUUUAGGAGGGCCGUUAGAAAAUGUGCUGAGCUCCGAAUUUCCUUCGAUUUUUCGUCGUCGAAUCGUCGUGGCAGCCUCGCCGAUCACCCGCGUUUCGGUCAUCAAGGCCACGAAACCCAAGUGCGUCGAAGUUUAGUGCAAGUUCGUGAGAAAUUUUCAGAUUUGUCUUGUUUACAAACAGCGAAUAUGCAGACCGUUAUGGGGCCGUACGGGACGUUGGCUAUCGUCAAGAAAAAGUCGACCUACAAGGUCCCACUGAACAACAAAGUGACAUGGAUCGGCAGUGACUCGAGCAACUGCGACAUUCGCAUCCACAAAGCAGAUGUCAUGCCGAAACACUGCGGCAUUCAAUUCAACGAGGGCAAAGGAAACAAGUUUACUCUCGAGUGCAUUGGAGAAACCAUUCUCAAUGGGCAAAGAGUCAGUGGAAGCGUUGCCCUGAGUGACAACGCCAACAUCCGAAUUAUGGGCAAGGAGCUGAUCUGGAGUGCACCCAUUGAUGCGCCAGCCGCUCCGCCGACGCCUCAGCCCCGCAAGAGCAUGCCGGCAGCCAAGAAGUCUCCGGCCAAAAAGUUGGUCAAACCGGUCAAGAGGCUGAGCAUGCCCCCGGCCACAAACAAGGCCGAGAAGAAGGCAAGAAAAAGCAUGCCUAACAGUGUUUCUUCUUUGGUGACCGCAAAGAGGAUUUUGGGAGGAGCGUCCGUCAGGUUCGGAACUCCUAAGAGGACUCCUGCUGUACCUAAAACGCCCAAAACUGCAAGGUCUGCAGUGAAAAGGGCAGCAGCUGUUGAUGAUAGUGCUUCAACUCCCAAGAGAGCUGUUGAAACUCCUAAAGCCACACCUAAGAAGACUCCCAGAACUGCCACAAAAGUUGUGCCAAAAUCCCCAUUGUUGUCUCCAAAAACUCUGGUGUCUCCUGGGAAGAAGGUUUCCUCAAAGACGCCAAGGACUGCAAAGACCCCUGCUAAAGUCUUGACAAGCCCAAAAUCUACCUCUGCUGAGACACCGAAAGCUACACCAGCAAAAACUCCUAAGGCCACACCGGCCAAAACUUCAAAAGCCACACCAGCCAAAACUCCAAAAGCCACACCAGCCAAAACUCCCAAGGUCAGUCCUGCCAAAACUGUGGAGGCCAAAGCCAAAUCGCCUCCUUCAAAGAUCCCGAAGCUCGCAGCUGGAAAAGUUACCAAGCCGGCAACAGUUAAGACUCCGAAGGCAAAAUCAAGCCCUGCCAAGUCACCAGCCAAGACAUCUCCUUUGAAAACCCCAUCUCCGAAAAAACUGGCCAAGGCCUCACCUGACAAGAAGAAGUCGCCGUUGAAAACUCCAUCUCCACAGAAGGCAGUGAAAUCCACCCCAGCUCAGCGGGCUGUCUCGACUCAAAAGUCUCCUGCAAAGACUCCGGCCUUCCAAUACGCAGAACCCAUUCCAGUUUCAACUCGGAAGGCUCUUCUUAUGAGUUCCUCAAAGGAAGCAACCACAUUUGAAUUUGGAAGUCCUCUGCCAAAGAGCACAGGCAAUAAAGCUGCUACCCCUGCAAAGACCCCAGCUAAGAAGAUUUCUCCGCUGAAAGUCAUUAAAGACACUCCGGAAGUGGUGGUUUCAUCUCCCUCUCCCAAGAAGGUGACAGCUGCUUCAAAGAGGACCGCCACACCAAUUCGAGUGAGGACUCCGAGUGUGCGGAAAUUUAACACACCGACUCCCAAAAAGACUCCUGCUGUUGCCAAGCUGUCGUCUCCCUUGAAAAAGGUGCUCACGCCUGUUGCUGAAAACAUCCCAACGCCGGAGAAAGUUGACUCUCCCAAAAAAUCACCCAAGAAGGCAGCCGUGACGCCGUCUCCCAAGAAACAGACUCCAAAAUCCACCCCUUCAACUGGAGCCAGAGCUGCCAGGGCGCGUGCUACUCCAUCUGGUACACCUUUCAAGACUCCCUCUGCUAAGGGAACGAAGGCAACCUCUUUCUAUGAAACGCCUGUGUCGACUCCACUCAACGCAACCCGCUCGGCCAAGAAAGGCAUCAAUGACUCGGUGCUAAAUGCGUCGACCACUGCCACAAUUGCCUCCCUUCCUGAUCUCAGCACAAGCCUCACCCCCAACAACAAACGCAAGUCGACCUCGGCGACCGGCCUCGACUUAGUGCAGAGCAUUCCAACUCCUGACUUGCGAGAUGUGCGCAACCUGUUUAUGGAGCAGAACGAGCCGUCUACUCCGAACAUGGCCGGUCUGCGAAACCUCUUCAGGGAGAAGAAGUCGGGCAGGAGCCCGCAGCUCGUCGGCAUAAGGGAAAUGUUCUCUGACGUUGGCACAAAACCAGGCAGUCCUCAAUUGGUUGGGAUGCGCGAAAUGUUCUCAACCCCGAAGACCAACAAGGCAUCGCCUAAGCUUGCAGGCGUCAGGGAGAUGUUCCGAGUGACCCGUGGGGGACAGUCAACUCCCAAAUUGACAGGCAUUAGAGAAAUGUUCACUGCCUCUACAAGCACCACCAGUCCAAAGGUUGUUAACUUGAAGAAAAUGUUCAACAACUUGAAAGCAGCCAAUUCUCCCAGACUCAGUGGAGUCCCCGACCUCUUCAAUGUUUCAACUGAGGAGAUCAUUGAGCAGAUUAUUUCUCCGACAACCCCGGCAAGGAAAGCAAAGGGAACCCCCAGAGUCACCAAGGCCAAGGGGACGCCGAGGGCAGCUCUGACCAAGAAGGCCACCCCCAAACCUGCAACCCCCAAGGUUGCCACCCCCAAAACAGUGACACCCAAAGCUGUUACUCCAAAGGUGGCAACUCCCAAACCAGUGACUCCAAAAACUGCAACACCAAAGGUGAAAACACCCAAAGCUGCUACCCCAAAAUCAGUGGCUCCAAAAACUGUCACCCCUAAAGCAGCAACUCCCAAAGCUGCGACACCGAAGGUCAAAACACCUAAAGCUGCGACUCCUAAGGCUGCUACUCCAAAAUCAGUGGCUCCGAAAUCUGUCACCCCUAAAGUAGCAACUCCUAAGGCUGCAACUCCCAAACCAGUGACACCCAAAGCUGCCACCCCCAGGGUCAGGACACCCAAAGCUGCCAUCCCUAAGGUAGCAACUCCCAAGCCAGUGACCCCUAAAGUUGCAACACCCAAGGCCUCCACUACUCCAGCUAGGAAGUCUGCCAGUCCUAAAAAGGUUGUCACCCCCAAAGGCAAGACUCCUAGGGCUAAACCCAAGGCCACCCCUGCGGCAAAGGAAGCAGUUGUGGAGCCAACUCCGGAGAGAGCCACUCGUGCCAGAAGGACGCCUGCUCUGAAGAAGGUGUCACCUGUAAAGAAGGAAGCAGUCACUCCGAAACCAGCCAAGGUUGAGUCGCCCAAGAAGACUCCGGCCAAAUCGAGGAAAACACCAGCCAAGACGCCGCAGAAGAUCGCUUCACCCAAGACAACGUCUCCAAUUAAAAUGGCCGCCCUUAUGGCCAUUGCCUCUCCUGCAAAGUCCCCGGAGAAAUCUCCACUCAAGAGGAAGAGUGAGGCUCCAGUGGAGGUUCCAGCCAAGAAGGCAAAAACUCCCAAGGCUGUCAAGAAGGUUGUCAUCAAAUCGCCUGAAAAAACUCCUGUCAAACCAAAGGGACGCUCGAGAAAGAAGGCCGAGAGCCCUGAGAAAGCCCAGAGCCCAAAGAAAACGAGAGGCAAAGGCAAAGCACCAGCUGAACCUGAAGUACAAAAGGUUGAAGAACCAAAAGCUGUGACUCCAAAGAAACCAGCCAAAGGACGUGGAUCCAAGAAGGUGGCCGUCGAAGAGCCUAAAGUGGAAACCCCUAAGAAAACUACUCGUGGGCGAGGAGCUAAGAAGGACGAGUCUUCAAAGAAGUCUCCCAAGGCCACUAGAGGAAAGAAGGUGGUAGUAGAGGAGGAAGUUGCAGAGCCUACUCCGAAGAAACCUGCAAGAGGCCGGAAGGUUGCUGAGCCGGUGCCUGAUGUGGUGUCUGAGGAAAAGAAAGGCCGUGGAAGGAAGAAGGUUGAAGAACCCGAGGCCACCCCUCAACAGGAACCCAAGAGAGGGCGCGGUAAGAGAGUGGCUGAAGAGCCUGAGGCCACUCCACAGGAGGAGCCCAAGAAGGGGCGCGGAAAGAGAGCUGCUGAAACCCCGGCUAAGGUGGAAGAACCUGCGGCACCUGCGCCCAAGAAGGGUAGAGGGAAGAAGGCUGCCGAGCCAGAAUCGGAACCUGCACUCAAGAAAGCCAAGGCUGCGGCCAAAGUUGAGGAGAAACCUGCCUCCCCUGCUAAGCGAGGGCGUGCAAAGGCCAAGGCGGCCAGCCCCAAGAAAUCACCAGCAGUGUCGCCGAGGAAAACAAGGUCCAGGAAAUGAGAGGUUGAUGAAAAAUGUACAUACAGAGGCUCUAUUAGUGGAUUAAUUCAAAGAUGUUGCAACAACAAAGUGAAUUGGGAAAUUGCUCCCAUUGUUAAUUGCUAAGUUCAGUACUAACACUUGCGGAUGAAUUGUUAGGUAAAACUAUUUAGUAUUGUGAGUGUGUUUAAUAAAUAAGCAAUACAUAAUCACAAUAGGAUUUUAAAAUAAGCGUUUUGGAGCAUAUUUUUGUAUUUUCAGAUUAAAUUUUAAACUGUCUUGGACUUUUGAAAAUACUAUACAUUCUUAAAAAUUGUAUUUAUUUGAAACA